CCCCUCCGACCCGACACGUCCCACGGGCGGUUUACACUAGGACACCCCGGAGGUCUGGAGCAGGUUUCUCUUUAAAAAAGAAAGAAAAGAAGAAUAAGAAGGAGGAGGAGGAGGAGGAAGAGAAACAAAGGUUUUGGACAGAAGGACAUGUAUCUGAUAACGACCUCUCAUGCUCCCGACUGAUCGCUGCUCACCUUCCCACGGGGCGAACCACAGCUAGAGGCUCGCGCGCACCGGCCCGACGCUCUGAGACCCUUUGGCUCCCUGUCCGCACACCGAUCACAAUGGCGGGACCCGGGUGUUGGAAGUAUUGCCUCUGGAUCUUUAUUUUAAUGUGCAGCACGGCGUUAACCUCGACCAAAUCGCUGGAGACUAUAAUCUGGGGCUCGCAAAAUUCCAAGUUUGUGGCCGGACAGGGCCUCGUCAUCUACCCAGACAUCGGGGACAAGCUGGACAUCAUCUGCCCCAAAGCGGACGAGGGCAGAGAGUACGAGUUCUACAAGCUGUACCUGGUGAAGAGGGAGCAGGCGGAGAGCUGCAGCACGGUGCUCGAUCCCAACGUCCUGGUCAACUGCAACAAGCCCGAGAAGGACAUCAAGUUCACCAUCAAGUUCCAGGAGUUCAGCCCCAACUACAUGGGCCUGGAGUUCAAGAAGAACGUCAACUACUACAUCACCUCAACCUCCAACGGUACCAUCGAGGGCCUGGAGAACCGGGAGGGAGGCGUGUGCAAGAGCAGAGCCAUGAAAGUCGUCAUGAAAGUCGGGCAAGUCCCAAACGCAGCGAACCCCGUGGCGCCGGACGCUACUGAGGACAACGCCAUACCGGAGUCCAGUCCCAGUCCGCCUGACCCGGGUCGGAAUGGCCCCGAGAUGCCAAGAAACCCUGACCCCAUGAAUCAGGACCAGUCUGGAAACUCUGGAAACUCGGACGGCUUCCUCAGCUCCAAAUUGGCCGUGUUCUGCGCCAUCGGGGCCGGCUGCAUCAUCUUCCUCCUGCUCAUCCUCCUCCUCGUCAUCCUGCUCAUCAAGAUGCGCAAGCGCUCCAGGAAAAACGCCCACUCGCAGCCCCGCCCCUCGGCGCUGUCUCUCAGCACGCUGUCCAAUCCAAAGCUGCCCGGGGGCACGGCUGGCACGGAGCCCAGUGACAUCAUCAUUCCGCUGCGGACAGAGAACAACUACUGCCCUCACUAUGAGAAGGUGAGCGGCGACUAUGGCCACCCCGUCUACAUUGUCCAGGAGAUGCCCCCGCAGAGCCCCGCCAACAUCUACUACAAAGUCUGACGCGCUCCGCACGGACAGCCAGCGACGCGGCCGGGAGGGAGGAAGGAAGAGAGGAGCGUUUGAUUUUUGUCCUUUGGGAGGAACACUUUCCUUCGUAUUUUUUGGGGGACUUGAUGCGUCUUUGAGCCCAGUAUUAUUUCUAGCACCUGCUGCACAAAUCUGGAGAGACGAGCACUGACCAGUAACCAGCGGGGUUGUGGACUGACUGAUGAGAGAGGUUUACUCUGUUUGUUUGGGUUGUCUGACAAUCCCCACCUGCCCCUCCUCCUCCUCCUCCUCCUCCCACCCCCCCCCCCCAACCCCUCCUCCCUCUCACCCUUUCACCUCCACACCUGCUAUACAUCUCCCCACUGGGCUCCGACCGGGGAGGGAAGCUGGUGGCUGGAGCGAACCGGCAGAUGGAACUGCAGCUUCCUGGUUUGGCUGUCCCCUGUAACUUAUCUCAGUCCCCUGAAGUACAGUCUGUGCUCCACCCAAUUAAAACACACCAUCCCAGCACACACGCCAGGAACAGGCAGACACAGGCCCCAGACGCCCCUCAGCCUGCAGUUUGUUUGCAAGCAUUAAACGGGUGGAUGUGUGUGUGUGUGUGUGUGUGUGUGUGUGUGUGUGUGUGUGUGUGUGUGUGUGUCCACGUGCAUGUGUGUUAGUCAGGCUGCCGCGUUGGGCCAGGAAACUCUCCAGGUAGCUCAGGUAUCAGACACAGCGUGUGAAGAUAACGUGUUCCUCUCCCUUCGCACCUCUGAUGUUUGCCUUACUUACUAUUUUUGAUGGAGGAUUUCCUCAAACCCUGAUUCAGUUCACAAAGCAGUGGUAUUUUGUUAGACUUUUCCUAAAAGUGCACAAUGUAUAGAGUUGAAUAGAUCAUCAUUAUGACCACAUCGUAUUCUCACCACCCAUGUCAACCAUUGCAUUCAUUUUCUCCACUCCUUUUACCCCCCCCCCCCCUGAGAAAGUACCGUAACCCGGACUGUUGACAUAGAGGUGUGUGUGUGUGUGUGUUUGUGUGUCUUGGAAAAAUCCCUUCUCCACUGGUCUGAUAUGAGCGUUACCAUUACUCUGGUAUUUAUGACCUGCCUAUUUGUAUUUGAAGGUGUGUAUUCUGUGUGUGUGUGUGUGUGUGUGUGUGUGUGUGUGUGUGUCGGGGCAUGUCCGGACCAGUCCUGUGUUCUGGGCAUACUUCUUGGCUUCUGGGUAGAACACUCAGCUUCUGUAUGGUAAGAUUUAAGAUCGAGACACACCGGCACACUGACGCACCAAAAGGUGGAGGAGCCCAAACAUUUACAACACCCCCCCCCCACCCCCUUCUCAUCGCUCCAGUUGGCUUCAGCUGAAGGUUUUGUCAUCUCUGAUGAGCUCUAGAGGGGGAGGGAGGGGGGGCUUCUUUUUCCAAGUGCAGCAGGCACGUUGAUGUUUGUUCUGGCUUGUGGGGCUCCUGUGUAAGCAUCAACCCCUGCGUGUGAUGCGCGCUGCCCGGGCGAGGUGGGUGUAGGUCGUGUGGCUGGCCUACAUAGGGAGGAUGCCCUAAAUAUAAGUCGGAUGGCGGUCGGCGGCUGAACGCUGGGAUACAGUACAGCUCGAUGCCAAUUGGCUGCCAUCUGUGGAUGAGUCAGUGGAGCGCUCGGUCGGCUGUGUCGCCAGCGUGUGACUAAUCUGUGUGCCAUCUCCGUGCCCACACCAGAGAGAGGGAGGGGGAGGGAAUGUUCCUGUGACUUGGCUUUAACCUGCGAGGGAAGAUGGGGAUGGGGAAUGAGGCCGGGUGGUGGUUGGGGGGGGUGGCGUUUGUAGUU